UAGCCUGGUGGCGGGCGGAGAGGAAGCCCACGUGUCUCCCUGUAGAGUGGGACCUAGAGCGCCCACUUCUUUAUCCCAACGCCCCAACCCCUUCUCUUCCCAACCCACAGGGUUGUGUAAAUCGAGGGUCCCUCCCCCGCACCGAUCCCUAACCCCCAGCUAUUCCUGGAGCCAAGGCGGGCCAACUUGGCGGAGAAACUUUGCCCUAAGAGAGGUGCUCAGGGAGAAAAAAAAGGGGGCACUGCGCAUGCGGAGCUCCAAAUUCAAACAGCUGUUUCUAGAGGCUAAGAGGGAGCGCGGUGGGGAGCCCUAGGGGUUGGGGGGCUGAUUGCCCCAGGCACCACCCGCCCCUAGCCUGGCGCUGGCCGGGAGCUGCCGGCCCCCUCCAGAGCCAUGGUGGACCGGGGACCUCUGCUGACAUCGGCCAUCAUCUUCUACCUGUCCAUCGGGGCGGCAAUCUUCGAGGUGCUGGAGGAGCCGCACUGGAAGGAUGCCAGGGAUAAGUACACCAAGGAGAAACUCCAGCUGCUCAAAGAUUACCCGUACCUGGGGCAGGAGGGCCUCGACAAGAUCCUACAGGUAGUAUCAGAUGCUGCCGGUCAGGGCGUGGCUAUCACAGGGAACCAAACCUUCAAUAACUGGAACUGGCCAAAUGCAGUCAUCUUUGCUGCUACAGUCAUCACCACCAUUGGUUAUGGAAAUGUGGCCCCCAAGACCCCUGCUGGGCGCCUCUUCUGCAUUUUCUAUGGCCUCUUUGGGGUUCCCCUCUGUUUGACCUGGAUCAAUGCCCUGGGAAAGUUCUUCGGGGGACGUGCUAAGAGAUUGGGGCAGUUCCUCACCAAGAGGGGCGUGAGCCUGAGGAAAGCUCAGAUAACGUGCACAGCCAUCUUCAUCAUUUGGGGGGUCCUGGUGCACCUGGUGAUCCCACCCUUUGUGUUCAUGGUAACUGAGGACUGGGACUACAUUGAAGGACUCUACUAUUCUUUCAUUACCAUCUCCACCAUUGGCUUUGGAGACUAUGUGGCUGGAGUCAACCCUGAUGCCAACUACCAUCCCCUCUACCGAUACUUUGUCGAGCUGUGGAUCUACUUGGGGCUAGCCUGGCUGUCCCUGUUUGUGAACUGGAAGGUGAGCAUGUUUGUGGAAGUCCACAAAGCCAUCAAGAAACGUCGGCGGAGGCGGAAGGAGUCCUUUGAAAGCUCCCUCCACUCCAAGAAAAGCCUGCAGAUGGCAUCCGUCGGAGGCAACACCAAGGACGUCAAUAUUUUCAGCUUCUUGUCCAAGAAGGAGGAGACCUACAAUGACCUUAUCAAGCAGAUUGGGAAGAAGGGCCUGAAAACAAGUGGGGGAAGUGGAGAGAGAGUAGGGGGGCCCGAUAGUGCAAGGUCUGCCCUCCCAGCCCCUCCCGUGGGGCCACUGGCAAUCUAUACCAAAGCCCGUGUGCCCAGCUUCGAGGAGGUGUCCCAGACACUAAGGCUGAAAGGCCAUGUGUCAAGGUCUCAGGGUGGUGAUAUGGGGGAGGGACCCCCCAGCGACAGCACCAACACCACCUCAACGGUGUUUGUCAACCAGCUGGACCGGAUCAGUGAGGAGGAGAGUGAAGCCUGGGAUGCCCGAGACUCCCGCCCACUGAUCUUUGAGAAUGCCAACAUCACCUUUGUGAAUGAGGAAGGAGGCCUCUCAGAUGAGGACACCUCUAAAUCCUCUCUGGACGACAACUUAGCUGGGGAGGAAGAGGAGGAACAGGGAGAGGAGGAGGAGGAGGCUGGGGCAGAGAUGCCGCUGAACCUGGGCGAGUUCCCAUCCUCUGACGACUCCACUUUUACCAGCACAGAAUCUGAACUCUCUGUGCCUUAUGAACAGCUGAUGAACGAAUAUAAUAAAGUCAACAGUCCCAGAGGCACGUGAGGUCCCUCCCUCUCUGCCCCUUGCCCUAUCCCAGAAAUCCUGCGGCCUCUUCCUUCUUCCCCUCACCUCCCCUUCAGGGGUAUCUUGUGAUGGCUGAAAUUCGUGAACCUUUGAAUUGGGAGAGAAAAGGGGACCCUUUGUCCUCCCAUCCCCUCUGGCCAGAUGCCACCAACCAUGCAUACUCCCCUCACUGCCUACCCACUUCAGGGACUGACUAUGUUUCCACAUGCUCCCUUGGUGAGAUGGCUCAACAGAUGUAAUCCUGAAGUUGGGAGAGAUUCGGUUCCUGAAAGAUGGUUUUUGGUUUCUGCAUUGUUUUUUUUACUACACUUGUAAUCUUGAUGGAGUAUAGACAAUACUGGGGCCAGACAAGGUUUGUGGAUGUUCAAACCUUUAAAAAAAGCAUAAAGUUUUGGGGUGUUGGCAGGAUCUCCUGUCCUGGGAGGAUCUGUGAGAGAAGGCUUGAUUGAGCAGGUAUUGUCUGAAGUAUGUUGCCCAGCAACAGGACUCAAGUCUAAAAGGCAGUGCACUAGACACAGUCUGUCCUUGUCCUCAAGACAAUUUGAAGUCAAUUUGAGGAUUGUGAAUGAACACACAUGAUACAGUUAAUGGGACAUGGUAGUGUGUAAGCAAAUGGGGGAGGGGUGUGGGGGAGAUAGACAAGGAUGGCAGGGAAACAGACCCUCUAUCUGUUACAAGCUGCUUCUUCCCAAGGUCCUCUUCACCUCCAGCCCAGUACUCUACUACAGGGGUUCUUAACUUGUUUUGUGCAUCGUGGAUCCCUUGGGCAGUCUGGUGAAACCUAUAGACCCCUUCCCAGAACAGUCUUUUUGAAUGCAUAAAAUAAAAUAUGUAGGGUUACAAUGGAAGCCAAUCACAAUGUUGAAACAGUUAUCAAAUAUAUUAAAAGUUCAUGAACCCCAGGUUAAGAACCCCCUAUUUUCAUGAGGCCGUCAGGGGUUUGGAGAAGAUGAAGGUCGAGUGUCCAAUACAGAACCCAAACUGAAACACUCCCAGUGGUAACCACACCCUUCUCCAUUGGCCCAACAGCCUGUUGCCCAUAUACUAUGAAGAUAGGCCUUCCCCAAAAUAGUCCUUUGUGGGGUCACUGACAAUGGGUGUGAGCUAACUAGGUCUAGGGUCACCACAGUUUGCACUGUUCUAGAUUACUUACCCCUUUGGGGAGAAGCAGAUGGAGCAAGAUAGAGGGCAGUGUGGAGUAGUGGGAGGUAGGCCUGAAUCUGGAGCUUGCUUUUGCCAUUUAGGUACCUAGGUGACCCUGGGCAAAUUAUUUCCCUUCCAGCCUCAUUUACGUCCCCUGUACAAUGCGAUUAAGUUUGGCACAGCCUAAGAGCCCUUCCAGACCCACAAUCCCAAGUGUUUUACUUGUGGCUUUGCCUUUGUCCAGUUGUCUUAGGUCCCGUCCUCUGUCUUCUUCUCCAUCCCACUCCCAGACCCAAGAAGCAACAAUCAAGGCAGAGACAGGCCUGUGUCUCCAUUUGCAUCUUGUCCCCUCCAUCUCUGGCACUUAGGUCCUUCUCAUGGGCUUCCUCCCCCACACCCCACACCCCACCCCUGCCAAGUGGGGGGUGGGGAAGACUGGGACCUGUUUCAGGUCCUCUUCGGGAGAUCUGCUCUGGACUAGGCUGAGGCUUCUGGUAGAAGAGGACCACCUUGGAUCAUGUCUUUAGCUCUGUGUACCCCGAGACCUUCCCUUCCCUCCCCUCUGCUACCCCAGGGAAACAAGCCAGUGAAUAUUUAGUUGUGGGGCCAGGAGCCAGAUGGGCUAAACAGGCUAAAACUCUUGGAGGGAGGGGGAUUCCACCUCAUCCAUUUCCUUGGAUUCAUAUAAAGUCUCUAGAUAACAACAUACACUCCAUAUGCCCCCUGGAACUUAACUAUCCCCAACAGAAUGUUACCAACUAUUUUCCCUGCUUCUCCCCGCUACCCCCUGUUUCCAAGGUCCCCAAUUCAUUGAGCCUGACUUCCUUCAGGCAUUUCCCUAGAGCAAAGACUUUGACACCCCUCCCCCCAUAUCAUGCUGUACCUGCAUUUGACGAAAUGAGAAGUAGACCAAUUAAAGAGGAGGGAGUCCACUCUGGCUUCUGGGCUCCCUUUCUGCCUCCCACACUGACAUUGAUCUUGGCCCCAAUUUGGGAAGCAGUGAAGUGCAUGUUAAUAGGCCUGGGAGGGGUGUGCCUCCUACAUUUACCUCUUGAAUCCUGCUGUUUUAAUUGUUUUUGUUUGUUUGUUUGUUUGUUUUAAGGGAGGAUGGAGAAACCUGGCUAGAAUAUAAAAUUGUAAACAAAACUAUUCCCCCUUUUAUUUUGGGAUGGGGAUGGGGGGGGGGGCUGGACACUAUCUGUGCAAUGUCUCCCUGGGAUAGACCUGUUCUGCUCUCUGUGGCUGGUUUUUGUUUUUAUUUUUUUUAUUAUUGUUAUUUUUAAAAGCAUUUUUUUGCAGUUUUAAAUAUGUAUGUGUAUAUGUAUGUGUGUACAUACAUACAUAUAUACAUAUGUCUCUGGAGUCUGUGGUUGGCUACUGAUGGCAUCUUAAAUCCAAAUUCAAAGGUAAGGAGAGGGUUCCAGUUGCCCUGAGAACCCAUGGGACAAGUCAGUGAGUCUUAAGCUAUCUUGGAUGGAAAGCAAAGGAGGGACCUCUCCCACCCUCCUUUCUCCAUGGCUUAGCCAAGUAUCAUGUGUUAGGAGAUUGAGUGGAACAUACAGCACUUUUAUACAGCCAUCUCGGCCACCUUGGUUUUCUCUUCCUUCCCCUGGUUCCCUUCCAGGGCUGACUUUUAGUUUUUAACUCCAAUUAAAAGUGGUUGAUGGCCUCAACCACACCCAUUGCUAUGAAGCUGCUGAUUGCUCCUAGGGGUUAGGAGAGCAUCCAUUGCAGGCAAUGGGAUGUUGAAAGAGGAGAGACCCAGUUUCCCACAGCUCCCCAGCAGAUGCUAAGACCCAGAGGGUCUUCGACUUAAUACACUGAGAGCGUUCCUUUUGGUCCAUCUGUGGUGGGAGGCAGUGUCUUGUCGUGGAAAAGUAGGCUUGAGAAUCUGAAGACCUUCAUUCAAAUCCUAGUCCUCAACACUUAACUCCUCCAUGUGAUCCUGGGCAAGUUGUGUGGUCUCUUCAGCUCAAGUUGAUCUGUAAAAUGGGGUUACUAAGAGUAGCGCCACCUAUCUCACAGGGUUGUUGUGAGGAAUGUGAUUUUUGUAAACCUGAAAGUGCCAUAGAAAUGUGAACCAUCAUGGGGGUGAAUGGGCCAGAAGCUCUCAGUGAAGUGGAGCCUCGAAUGCCACCCCCACUCCAACCCUCACCUCCAGAUGUUUGAGGGGGAUGGCAAGGAGUGUCCUCAUCUUUUCACAUGAUUGAUAUUGAUGACAUUUUCUUCAUUCUAUGAUCCUACCUUGCCUAUCACCGACUGUCCUGGAAUCAUACACACUGUAUGUAAAUAUUGGCAGACUCAAUGUCGAGUGUAAUUUAUUUUAACUUUUUUUUUUUUUGCAAUAAAAAAAUGAGGUGGA